AUGAUGAAGAGGAUGGUGAUCCUGAGGCGGUGCCACCCGCCGCCGCCGCCUCCACCGGCGGUGCUCUUCGGCGGCGGGUGCCCCUGCCGCAGCGGUGGCGGCGGCGGCGUGUGCUACGGGGAGUGCCGGCGGAACCACGCGGCGAGCAUGGGCGGCCACGCCGUGGACGGGUGCCGCGAGUUCCUGGCCGAGGGUGAGGAGGGCACCACCGCCGCGCUCCGCUGCGCGGCCUGCGGGUGCCACCGCAGCUUCCACCGCCGCAUGGUGGUGCAGCGCUGCUGCUGCUGCUUCUGCUGCGACGUCGACAGCGGCGGCGCCGAUGAUGCCGCCGUAGCCGUAGCCACAGCCGCCACCGGGCACCGGUGGGACGACGACUGCUCGCCGGAGUCCUCGGCGUCCAGCACCACGCCCAGCUAG